UUUUUGUUAUCCUUUGGUGCUUCACUCUCUUGUUAGCCUUUGAUGGUUCACUUCCUUUUUACGCUUCCAUAUUUUAUCCUUCAGUGCCUCACUUGAUUGCUACGCUUUCAUUUCUUUCUUCCAUGCUUGACUUUCCUGUUAUGCUUUCAUCUCUUUUUCGGUACUUCACUUUUGUUAUUCUUUUCUAUGUUAUCCUGGGCGCAUCUCUUUCGUGUUAUGUUCUAUUACGCUUUCCUUCAUUGCUUCGCUUUCUUGUUAUUUUUUCAUUUGCUUUUCUCGACACUUCACCUUUUUACUAUCUAUUCUUUGUUUUUCUUCCCUGCUUCACUUCCUUGUUAUGCUUUCUUUCUUGCUGCUUCACUUCCUUGUUAUGCUUUCUUUUUUGCUGCUUCACUUCCUCAUUUGUUUUCCUUGGCUCGUCACUUUUUAAAUAUACUUUCAUGUGCUUCUCUUCGACGCUUCACUUUCGAGUUAUCCUUUCCUUUGUUUCCCUUCGAUGCUUCGCUUUCUUAC